CGCCGACGCCUCCAGCCCAAGCAACGGCAGCGACGCCUGCGACCUCAACGGUAGCGACGCCUGCGACCUCGCAGCGGACGACGACACGUCGGAGCGCACGAGUGCGAUCCUUGGGUCCGCCAAGCAGCGGAGCAUGAGCGCCACCGAUUCGGUUGACGAGCUGGACUUCACAAUGUCCACCAUGUAUGAUGAGGCGCUCGCCGAGUCCGACGUGGAGGAGGUGGAGCCCCCGACCGUGUGGGGCCCGCUCGCGCGGCGGGCGCUGUCGAGCUUCACUGGCAGUCUCUCCCUCCCGCAGUGCCUUGGUCCGGCGGCCGGCACGAGCGCGACGGCCGCGGCAGAGCCGACGCCGCAGAGCGGCACCCCUCCCGGCCUGCGCGCCGCCGCCGCCGCCUGAAGCGGCCGGGCGCGCAUGUUGCGCGAUUGAGCGGCAGGGAGGGUGCACAAAGCGCAACAGGUGCAUCCCCUGCCCCUGCCCUCUCUCGACCGGGACAGGCCGCCGGCCCGCCGCUGCGCCGUGCUGUGCUCGGUGUCGAUCGGUGUGGCGCGGGUCGGCUCACAGCUUGCCUGCUGGCUUCUCCCUCGCGAGUAUUCGUGGGAUGAAUUCGUGAGACACACGUGUGAGUCCACGCUGGGUGUAUAGCAAUGUUUUGAUUUGAGGGCUGGGCGCUAGAGUAUAUAGAAAUCGAAAAAUAAAAGGAUACAGUGCGAGG